AUGGACGCCUCCUCCUCCUCCUCCUCCGGUCAGAGCAGUUACAGUUACGAGGACUACAGGGAGACAGCAGACUGGUUAUUGGCACACUCAAAGAAGCGUCCUAAAGUGGCCAUCAUCUGUGGUUCAGGUCUGGGCGGUCUGGCUGACCUGCUGGAAGACAGAACUGUGUUCAAAUAUAAAGACAUUCCACGUUUCCCCACCAGCACAGUUCAGGGUCAUGCAGGCCAGUUGGUGUUUGGGAAGCUGCAGGGCUGCGAGUGUGUCUGCAUGCAGGGACGAUUCCACUUCUACGAGGGCUACAACAUACACACGGUGACGUACCCUGUGAGAGUCUUCUUCCUGCUGGGCGUGGAAACGGUGAUUGUGACAAAUGCUGCAGGAGGUCUCAAUGGUAGCUACAGCGUGGGAGACAUCAUGCUCAUUAAGGACCACAUCAACAUGCCAGGCUUUGCCGGUCAGAACCCUCUCUGUGGGCACAAUGAUGACAGGUUCGGAGUGCGUUUCCCCUGCAUGUCGGACGCUUAUGACCGAGAACUGAGGGCCCUGGCCAAGCAGACAGCAGAGGAGCAGGGCUGCGGCAGCUUCCUGCAGGAAGGCGUUUACUGCAUGCUGGCUGGGCCGACAUAUGAGACCAUUGCAGAGUGCAGAGCCCUGCAGAUGCUCGGCGCUGACGCUGUGGGUAUGAGCACAGUUCCUGAGGUGGUGGUGGCUCGUCACUGUGGCCUGCGGGUCCUGGGACUGUCCCUCAUCACAAACAAGGCUGUGAUGGAUUAUGAGAGCAGAGAGAGGGCGAAUCACCAAGAGGUGCUGAAGACCACCGAGCACCGGGCCCGGGACCUCCAGAGGCUCGUCAGUCACCUUGUUACCAAGCUCUGAAAAUGUCUGAGAAAGUUCUGCUUGAACAAAAACAAAAAGAUUUUCUAAAUCUUUGUGACAUCCCUCAUAGGGCGAUCACAGCUUUGAACAAAAAGUUUAAAAGUCUGGACGUUAAAGUAGGUUUUACAUUUUAGUGGGUGCAGUUUCAAGUUUAAAACAAUUUAAAGGGGCAUAAAUAAAAACAGUCAUGGAUGUAAAAAAAACAACAACAUCCAUUUAUAAAGCCACAGGUCUAGCAUAAUCAAAAAGAACAAAAUGUUUUUAUGCAUUUAAAAUUUACACUUAUUUAGUUGAUUAACCUCUGAGUAAGUUAACUUUAA